AUGGCUUUAGCAAAUUUUGAAUUCACUGAAGAAAUAGGGAAAGGCGUCUACGCUAGUGUUCAUAAGGUCAAGAGGAUAGAUAACGGCAUUACAUAUGCUAUGAAGAAAGUUCCCCUUCUGAACCUUAGUGAGAAAGAGAAGUCUAAUUCACUAAAUGAGGUCAGAAUUCUUGCGUCGAUAUAAAGCAUCAGAAUAUUGUGACUUUUAAAGAAGCAUUUAUUGACCAUCCUUCAGAAACUCUCUGAAUCGUGAUGGAAUAUGCUCAUGAGGGAGACCUCUUUGACAAGAUUGCAUGGCAACAGAAAAUAGGAGAGUAUAUUGAUGAAACAUAUAUAUGGAGGGUCUUUUUACAAAUUCUAGAAGGAUUAGGAUCUCUUCAUAAAAUGAAGAUUCUGCAUAGGGAUAUCAAAAGCGCAAAUGUUUUCCUCUUCAAAAAUUCUGUUGCAAAAUUAGGAGAUUUAAACGUCUCAAAAGUGAUGAAAUCAAGUUUGUGUGUUACACAAACUGGCACGCCUUAUUACUCCUCGCCAGAAGUAUGGAAAGACCAACCCUAUGGGUUCAAAAGCGAUGUAUGGUCGAUAGGUUGAGUUCUAUACGAGUUAUGCGCAUUACAACCUCCUUUUAGAGGAAAAGAUAUGAAGCAUUUAUACCAAAAAGUCAUUAAAGGGAAAUACCAGCAGAUUCCCUCAUGAUACUCAAAAGAAUUAAGACAUAUCAUCAAAGCAAUGCUAAUAGUUGACUGAAAGGAGAGACCUUCCUGAGAAGCUUUACUUAAUUGCAAAUUAGUUAAAAGCAAGAAAGAAGCAUUACUCCUUUUUUCGGAUUCUGAAAGUGAUAGCAUCUUAUUAAAAACAAUAAAGCUGCCUAAGAAUCUGACGAGCUUAUACGAUCGGUUACCAGAAUCCCAAUAUUCCACGAAAGAAUCCCAGAAUAAUUUCUAUGAUCAGUGCAAGAAUGAAUCAGAAAGUCUUCCUCGGAUAAACGUGAGUAAGAGGGAAAGAAUUAAAGAAAUGAGUCAGAUUCGUAAAAGCCCAAGCAGAAGUAGAGAGAAAAUCAAGAAGAAAAAUAUGAGCAACCAGAAGCCUAAGAUUCAUGACAUCCAUUCUGAUAGAAGAGAACUUGAGACUAGGAAAGGGAAUAGGAGUAGUCUCUCUCAGUUACGGCAUAAAGUUUAUACAAGCGAAAGACCUGCAAAAGUAGGUUUAUUGAAUCCAAACAAAUCAGUAAAUAUCACUGAGAUUGACAACCAUAAAUUCCAAGGAGAGCAUGAAAGAUCUGAUUCAGUGGAUUCAGUCCCUUCUGUUCCUAAAAUAUUGAGUAGGAUGAACAUGGGAAGCCAAAUCAAAUCUUCCCAAGUUAUCCUUGAGAAGCUGGCUCAAAACAAGAAGCAUAAGAAGAGGAUAAGAAAAAGCAGUAAAGUUAAUUGAUCGGUAGACCUCUCAAUUCUCAACAAGAAUAGAGAGUUUGUCUAUAACAAUGACUUCAUCGAUAUCAAGACUCACAACCGAAUUCCUGAUAUCUCUAGGACUAAGGGCACUCCGCUGGAAAAUGGCAAACAAAACAUUAUCAUUAAGAAUCCUCUUAAAGAUGCUGCUAAUUUUAGGUCACUAGAUUAUCAGGAUAGGUCUCGAGAAAAUAAGAAAAAUCAGCUGCCUCUAGAUCUUAAAUAAGGAAAUCCAUCCGUAUAGCAAUAUGUACAGUAACAGAUUUGUAAGCUCCAAGUUGAACUCAGGAAGAAUCAUUAACUCCAAUAAUAGCUCGAUAACAAAGCUGCCUAAAUUCUCAAAAUAAAAUUCAUGAAAACCUAAAGAGAAGGAAACCUAAGAUGUUAAUCAGCGAUAUCAAGAAGAAUACUACAAGUCAGGAAUUGCAGAGAAAUUUCUACAGGAGCAGUUCUAAUCAUACUAAGCACAAUAGGAUCAAAUCCUACAGUUCUUUGAAUGGGAUUAUGUCCUCAAGUAAAAAUAAGAAAGUAUCUAAUGCAAUCCUCAGGAAACUGAUGGCUUCUAAGAUGUCAGGAAAGCUAUCAACUAAGCCUACGAUCAACCUCAGGAAAUCCCAGUCUGGGCUAGAAGCUAUUUCUAAAUCAUUUGUGUAGAGAAACAUAUAAAAAAC